ACCGUCUAACCGGAGUGUGAACAGUCGAUGAAUCCAGUGUGAAGAUGGGAGGGCUGGCAGUGACUGUAACUCAUCGUGUCAUGACUUGAAUAUGCGGAGCUGCCGUCUCCCUCUCGGUUAAAAAGGAACAGAGGAGCGUCUGUUGACAGGGGCAGGACUCUGGAAAAUAUGGUGGGAGUUGCAGAAUUUUAAGGGGGUAACGGGAUAGAAGUGAUGCAGGGACCAAUAAGGAGUGCUUUAAGUCAGCAGAAACGCUCCAAAACCUGCUGAAGUUGUUGUUAAUGAUGGUGUUUUGACGUAUUGGUAGCGAGACUGAUGACAGUUGACAGCCGCGGGAAACUUCAAGGGCGAUCAAGUGCCAGGGAUUUCAGAGCCAUGCAGGCCGCUGCAGGGAUGGAUGGUAAUGCGCACAGUCGACCGCCUGACCGAAGGAGAUCAUCGAAAAGCAAAGCACCUCCUCCUCCUCCUGUCCAGAAAGGCCUGGAUGCUCCAUUGCUGAGCCACAAGCUCCCAGCAUACCCUCACCCUGCCAUGGACCAGAAGGAAAACCUGCUGGAGCAGGAUUUAACGCUCACCGUGGUGCUUCCUGGAGGGGUGGAGAAGACCAUCGUUGUCCAUGGCAGCAAGCCCAUGAUGGACCUGCUGGUCAUGCUUUGUGCAAAGUACCACCUGAACCCCUCAGCCCACACCAUAGAGCUCGUCACCACCAACAGGAACUACGUGAAGUUCAAACCCAACGCCCUUAUCGGAGCCCUGGAGGCUGAGAAGAUCCUGCUAAAACCGAAAGGCAUGGAAGACAGAAGCAAAAAGACAGGACCACAUAUGCCUGAGGCAACCGUACGAUUAGUGAUAAACUACAAGAAAACCCAGAAAACCAUUCUCAGGGUGAGUCCUCGGGUUUCUCUACGAGAACUGCUUCCGGCUAUCUGUGAGAAAUGUGAAUUUGACCCGCAGACCACGGUUUUACUACGAAACGUCCACUCGGAAGACACUUUGGACCUGAGCAGCUCCCUCAAUGACUUCGGCCUGAGGGAAGUGUAUGCAAGAGACACCAAAGUUAUUAGCCCUGCAAGUCCUAUAAGUCUGCCUCCAUCUCCUACUCACUCAGAAAUGUUUUAUCAUGGGAAACAGAAAAUCCAGAGGGAGAAAGAAAAUAAGCGGGGAUUCAGCUUAUUUCGGAAAGGAAGUAAGAAGCAAUCUGAACAGUCUAUGACCGUGAGCGCACCCGCAUCUCCAGUGCACAGGAAACAGAGGCCGGUCAGCAUGAGUUCCUUCAGCACGCAUUCGCCGAUUUCAUACGAUUCUAAUACCAUGCCCUCCGACACGCCAAAGAAAAGACGAGCCCCGUUGCCACCUAGCAUGAUGUCGCAGAGCAUGCCUAGUGACCUCAGUCAUAACCACGGGGCUAUGCAUCCUGAUGGUAACCAGAAUAUGGCACCUCUGAGCCGGGGAUCCUCGACAGAGUCGUCCUUCAAGAAGUCCACCAAGAGGAAGGCCCCACCGCCCCCCGUCCCGAGCAGCACAGCCUCUCCUGAUGAGACGACGCAGGACAGAGGCAGUACAGAACCAGUGUUGGAGUCUCCUCUGGAGGAGAUCAAGGAACAGGAAGAAGUGAAUGUGACCUGCGCUAUGGAGGAGGAGCACCAGGAUGAUGACAGCAGCCUCAACCUGUCCGCAGACAUCUCUCUGGACUCAGGCCGAGCUGGGACAGCGUCUCCUUCUCAGGAUUCUGAGAUUCUGGACAGUGGGACGGCCAAAGACAAUCCAUCAUGUGACCUGUCCACAGACACGGAAGUAGCUGAAGGCACAGUGAAUAGAGAGAUGAAGUCGGAGCAGGCUGUAAGCUCUCAUGUCCUGUCAGAAGAGAAAGAGCCCCUGGUGGAAAAGACAGAAGAGGCGAUUCAGCCGUCUGAAAGUGUCCCUGUUCUGGAAGAGGUUUCUGUGAGCACCACAGAGAAGCCUGCAUCUUUGAUCAACACGCUUCAAACAUCCGAAUGCGGCAUCCAGACUUUCUUUGAUUCCGAUACGGUCGCGGCUUCCCCUGAGCAAAGCCGUUCAUCUCGCUCUGAGGACCAGAUCCCUGAAACUAUCCCUAAUACGGUCAGCUCCACUCACACCCAGACACAUAUGCAGGCAGAACCCCAGAAACCCUCUAAAGAGCCAUCGAGCUUAUGCACUGAACCCUCAACGUCCCCGUCCACAUCCUCAACGGGACUAAAGAGAGACAUAGCCACUUCCACAGAAGAGCUGCACGUCCCUGAACCACAAUCGCCUGUGAUCCAACCAUCUAAGGACUUGACAUCUACACCAGCCUCUAAAGCAGGAAGCGUACAGUAUAUUAUAGAUGCCGAACCCAAACCCAAACCAUCCAAUGAGCUUACCCGUGAAUACAUCCCCAAAGUGGGCAUGACCACCUACACCAUCGUGCCUCAGAAGUCUCUAGAAAAGCUCCGUUUCUUUGAGGUCGAGUUGACUCUGGAGCCUAAUGUGGACUGCAAAAGUGAAGCAAAGUCUGUCUCUAAUGGCACGGUUGCUCUUAACGGCCAUCAGGACGUCUUUGCACAAACUAGUCCUUGUACCUCACCUCCAGAAACCGCUUCAUCGCCUGUAGAAGGAGGAACUGAAUCCAUUGUCAAAGACAAGAAAGUUCCACCUGCAACAAGACCCAAACCAGCAUCUUUCCGCCUGCCGCAGCACAAGCGAACACCCGGGGAUUACGUAUCCUCCGCUAUCGUACGGCGAGCGAGCGUCGGCAGUAGCAGCAGCAGCAGUAGCAGCUGUAGCAGUCCUGCAACCCGUCCAAAAGAAACCAUAAGCAGCCCGAAGUCAGAAACAUUUCCUCCGCUGGACAACUUCCCUCCUCCACCACCACCAGUCCAAUGGGAAGAUGAGGAAAAUGCAAGAGCGAGUGAUAAACCUCUACCUCAAAAAGCAGAGGUAGACGGGCCUCGGCCUGAAUCUUCUAGAUUUCCACCGUCGUCCUUUCUGCCCCAUCAGAAGAGUCUUCCCACGAACCCCACGCCUUCACUGAGUUUGGAGAAGUUGAGAAGCUUUGCAGCGCCCAAACCGUAUUCGCCUUCAACGCCUUCUCGCUUCGCUCAGGCCGUGUCCUCUGCCGUAAAGAGGUCCAAGUCUCUUUCCCAUCAUCCUCUGGGGCAGUCACCACACACACAGCCUCUCACAGCACAAACAUCCAUUACAGAAUCGCCAGAGUCGCCGACGAGCACUGUGACAGACAAUGGAGAAGGACGCACAGAGAGAUCCAGAGAGGCCCCAUCACAAACAGCAGGCCGUGGAGACCCAGAGCCGAGCUCCGCCCGAGACGGAGGCAUGGGAACAUGUAAGAUUGGAAAUACUCAACCGUCACCAGGGUCUGAAGCAUCUUUAGCUCCGUCUCCCACAUUGAAGGGAAUAUCGGAAGUCUUUCAUUCAGCGGAAGAAUGAAGCAUUCCCACAUGCUUCAUGAGCGUCACUCAUUCUCAGACAUUCUGCAGGUCAUGAGAAUCAUCUUGUCUUCAGAAUUAUUUUUUUUAAUUAGAAAUCAUGAUUUUUAGGUGUCUCACAAAUCAGAAGACUUUCAGGACAUUUUAUCUGGACCUGGUCAGAACUGUGUAGAGCGCAGUCUUCACCUCUACACUGCUUAUCAUUCAAUUUUUUUAUUUUCCUUUUUUUUUCUUCACACAGUUUUUUUAUUAGCCACAACAUGCCUUAAAUGAAUUUUACUUUAUAUAUAUAUAUAUAUAUAUAUAUAUAUAUAUAUAUAUAUUACUGCUGUCAACCGAUUAAUCGUGAUUAAUAGCAUCCAAAAUAAAAGUGUGUUUACAUAAUGUGUGUAUAAAUAUAAAUAUAAAUAUUUUAUAUAUAAAUAUAUUUUUGUUAAAUAUAUACAUGCAUAUGUUUGUACAUAUAUAUAUAUAUAUAUAUACACACAUACAUACAUAAUCAAUAUACACAGUACAUCAUGUAUAAAUAAAUAUAAAUAUUUUAUAUAAAAAUAAUAUAUUUUUGUUAAAUAUAUAUGCAUGUGUGUGUAUUUAUAUAUACAUAAUAAAUAUACACAGUACAGCAUGUAUAUAUUUAACAAAAAUAUAUUAUAUUUAUAUAUAAAAUAUUUAUAUGCAUAUAUAAUAUAAAUUAUAUAUACAUAUAUAUAUAUAUAUAUACAUGUAAAUAUGUCUUAAAUAUACAUAUUUUAUAUGUGUGUGUAUUUAUAUAUACAUAAUAAAUAUGCACAGUACACACAUUAUGUAAACAAACUUAUUUUGAAUGCGAUUAAUCGCUAUUAAUCGUGAUUAAUCAUUCAACAGCGCUAAUUAUAUAUAUAUAAACAGUAAAUAAACAGUUAAUAGUGACCAUAUCAUAUCUCUCAAGCUCCUAAAAGGACAAAAAGGAUUUUUUUUUUUUUCAUUUUUUGAGCGAAUUAUUCUUUUAAUAAAAAAAUUAAUUAUGAUUGUUCAAAUAGCGUGGAGACGAACUAUAGUUAUGGAUUUCUUUUAAUUUAUUCUACAGAUGGACAGACAAUUCGUGAGAGUUUUUCCUUUAUAUCUGUUACACUUUUUUGCCUCUCAAUCAAGUAACAGAGAUCCUAAUAAUGUUAUCAUAUAUUAAAAAUGUAUUUUCGGGUUGUUUUUUUGUUGUACGAAUGACAUUAUGAAAUUUGUAAAUAGGCAUAUGUGAAAAAGAAAAUGCUCUGAUUUAUUUCGAGGCCUAAUUUUGUUUAAAUUAUUAGGUAGAGAUUUUGAUUUAUGUAAUUAUUAGCCAAUAAAAAAUGGUACUGAAACUUCUUCAGUCACACCGUAAUCCCUUGCCAAACAUUAGUACAGAGUGUAUCGUUAAUUAUGGGCUGCAAUUAUAUUAAAUUAAUGUUAUGACAUUGAACAGAUUUCUGGAUCCUACAAAAAUAAAUUGUUAAUAAUCAAAGCUGUUGCCAAGACAGAAAACACUGGGCUUUUCAUUCAAUCUGAGGAGAAUACUGCUGUAUUAUUUGAAUUCAACUCUCCUCCCUUUUCUGUAUUAAAGUAUAACUGACUUUUAAA